AUGGCUGAAGCAUUAAAGACUGUCAUCUCCCAGAGUACAGAAUGUUCAGUGUGUCUUUCUACCUUCACCGAUCCCAAGAUCCUGUCUUGUUCUCACACUUUCUGCAAGACCUGCCUGGACAACCUCUUAGAGUGCCGCGGUAACUCCCAGAUUCGGUGUCCUGUUUGUAGGGUAGUAAACCAAGUCCCAAACCAAGAUGUUGGCAAACUACAGGCAAAUCUUGCCUUGAAGAGUCUGAUAGAUGACAUGAAGGGCCAUCCUCAGAUUUGCACAAAUUGUCAAUCCGAUGACAAGCCCCAUGCUGAUGUCUACUGCCAAGACUGUGGCAAGUAUCUCUGCACCUUUUGUCUUAAUAAGCACUCUCAAUGGGAAGGCUUCAUCGAUCAUAAAGUCAUUAACAUGAGUGAGAUCUCAUCAGGCAAGGUGUCUGUACGUAGAUACCGGAAAUGCAGGAAACACCCGAAAGAAGAUGAGGAUUACUUCUGUUCCACUUGCAGGAGAUUCACAUGCUUCAGAUGUGGUAUGAUGGAACAUAAAGACAACGGACACCAGGUUGUCGAGGGAGCUGUUUAUGAGGACAAACACAUGAAGAGUAUCAAAGACCUUAAAUCUAAGGUGGACAAGAAAAGAUCGUGCUUUCAAAAGUACAUUGAUAUUAUAGAUGAACAGACCAAGAGUGUUGACAAUGCCAAGAAACAAUGUACAAGUGACAUCAACAAAGCAUAUGAUGAGUCAGUCCGGCAGUUGACAGAGAAGAGAGAAAGCCUACUAAGAGAAGUCGAACAAACGACUGGAGGGGUAAAAAAAGAACUGGCAAGCAUGAAGACCACGGCUCAGAAGCAUUUCAAUCAGUUGACGACCAUUGCUGAAAUGGUAACCAAGAGAACGAAGAUACCGUUAGAUAUGGAUACUUUGGCUGCACACGACACUCUGUGUGAAGAAUUACCAAAGAUCUUUGAUCAAAAGGAUCCUGACUAUGCGCAGCUGAGGAAAUUAAGAAAGAAGAGGCUAAGUGUCAAUUUUGAGAGAAACGUUGGAAAAGAUGAGCUAGGCCUUGGUCAUGUUGGUAAGACUGUUAAUGUAAAGAGCGUUGCCUUGCCUACUUGUCAUGCUACUACCUUGACAACCAUGGUUAGUACUCCAGACGGUAGGAUGGCAGUAGGAUGUAGUACAGGUGGCAUCAUUAUCUUCUCUGCUGAUGGUAAGCUUCAGAAAUCAGUUCUGACGGAUGUUCACGUUCGUGGAUUAGGGUUCCUCUCUAAUGGUCGAUUUGUUGUGAUUGAUACUUCAAACGAGAUCACAUUAUACACACCAGAGUACACAAAAUUGAAUGUAAUGUUUGUGACUCGAAGUAGAAAUGUAGGUGGGUCUUCUGAUCUCACUGUUGAUGGUGAUGAUCAGAUCUAUGUGAGCUACUGGAAAGCCAAAAAGAUUUUGGUAUUUUCAACAGCAGGUGGGCAAGCAGUCAGGGAGAUACCAUGCAACGGGUAUGAACCUCGGCAAAUCACUAGUUACCAUGGUUCUCUGAUCACUAAAUCAUAUGAUACUAUCAGAUUGAUAGACAAAGAGGGUGCUGUACAACAUGAAUUAAAGAAACCGGGUAGUCUCCUUUACGCUGCUGUAUCUCAAUGGAAUACAAUCCUGAUAGCCAAGGUGAAGUAUGAUAAAGGUUUGGUGAGCAUUGACGAGUAUACAUAUGAACUAAGACACAUCCGAAACCUUGUUAAUGAUUACAAGAUUGAGAAGCCUGAUAGAAAUUGGUAUUACCUCCAGCAGUACCGAUCAGGAGAGAUCGCUUUCUGCACCCCGGAUAGACUCUAUAUAUUCCGAUAAAUAUAAUGGAUGGGGGGAUGAUACCCUCUGAGUUGCCAUUUUGUGCUAAAGUUAGCAGCUAUUAUUUAGAAAUACAAGAAACGGUUGCUGGAUAAUUCCUUUCUCGUUUCUCACCCAUAAAAAGCAUUUCGCUCCUUACAUCUUUUUAUUUCCAUCUUUGCAUGUAU